AUGCAUGGUCUCGGAAGCAUCCUGCUGCUCGGCACACUGGCGGCUCAAAAGGUUCUCGGCCUGCCCAGCACCCAGCAUCUCCAGCGCCGCACCGUCAACAGCUACCUGGCCGCUGAAGGUCCCAUUGCGCUGCAGAAACUGCUCUGCAACAUUGGUUCAGACGGCUGCGAAGCUCUAUCCGCGGCGGCCGGCGCCGUGGUCGCGUCGCCCAGCACCAGCAGCCCAGACUACUGGUACACGUGGACAAGAGACAGCGCGUUGGUGUUCAAGUGCCUCGUCGACCGCUUCACGCACUCGUACGAUGGGAGCCUGCAGAAGCUAAUCCAGGAAUAUAUCGCCGCCCAAGCAAAGGUGCAGGGCGUGUCGAACCCGUCGGGGUCCUUGUCGGAUGGGGCGGGCCUGGCCGAGCCCAAGUUUCACGUGGACCUGUCUGCGUUUACCGGCCCGUGGGGGCGGCCUCAGCGGGACGGGCCGGCGCUGAGGGCGAUUGCGAUGAUUUCAUACUCUAACUGGCUGAUUGACAAUGGGUACGCGGUUACGGCCAAGGAGAUUGUCUGGCCCGUGGUCCGCAACGACUUGAGCUACGUGGCGCAGUACUGGAACUCGACUGGUUUUGAUCUGUGGGAGGAGGUCAAUGGAAGCUCCUUUUUCAGCGUUGCGAGCCAGCACCGAUCUCUCGUUGAGGGCAGCAGCCUGGCUGCCAAGCUCGGACAGGACGGCUCGGUGUACGGACAGAUCGCUCCCCAGAUCCUGUGCUUUUUGCAGACGUUUUGGGUUGCCUCUGGCGGAUACAUCAACUCCAACAGUAAGCCAAAAGAAGGACAGCUGGUUCCGUGCGAGGUGCUAACACGCAUAGUCAACCAAAACAACGGCCGCACUGGAAAAGACGUCAACUCGAUUCUGACUUCGAUUCACAAUUUUGAUGCGGCCCUCAGCUGCGACGCCAGCACCUUUCAGCCGUGCAGCGACAAGGCGCUUUCCAACCACAAAGCUGUUGUUGACUCUUUCAGAUUCUACAAUAUCAACAAGGGCAUCGCAGAGGGCAAGGCCGUCGCCAUUGGCAGAUACUCGGAAGAUGUGUACUACAAGGGAAACCCCUGGUAUCUGGCGACUCUGGCCGCGGCAGAGCAGCUUCACGAUGCGCUGCACAUCUGGAACAAGAAGGGCUCUAUCACUGUGACGAGCACUUCACAGGCCUUUUUCAGCGAUUUCGUGCCCAAUAUUUCGGUGGGCACAUAUGCUAGCGACUCGAGCACAUUUACGAGCAUUGUGGAAGCUGUCACAGCGUAUGCAGACGACUUUGUGGCCAUUGUGGCCAAGUACACGCCGUCUGGAGGCUCCCUAGCUGAGCAGUUUGACAAGAACAACGGCUCGCCGUUGUCUGCCCGCGACCUGACCUGGUCCUACGCUUCGCUCUUAACAGCCAUUGACCGCCGCGCCGGCGUCAUCCCCCCAUCGUGGGCCAGCUCCGGCGCCAACGAGGUCCCCGGUUCGUGCUCGGCUAAAACUGUAAAAGGGACAUACACGUCGGCGACGGCCACCUCGUUCCCCGCGAACCAGACGCCCAAGACUGGCGUCCUACCGCCCUCGACGACGCCCGCGCAGCCGACGUGCACGCCGGUAGCCUCGGUGGCGGUGACGUUUCGCGAGACGGCGACGACGGAGUUUGGGCAGACAAUCAAGAUGGUGGGCAACGUAGAGGCGCUGGGUAAUUGGGACCCGCACCGCGGGGUAACGAUGGAGGCGAGCGAGUACACGGCGGAUAAUCACGUGUGGAAGACAACAGUGUGGCUGGCGGCGGGUGAGGUGAUCGAGUACAAGUUUGUCAAUGUGCGGGCGGACGGGUCGGUGGUGUGGGAGGCGGAUCCGAACCACAGAUAUACGGUGCCCAAGUCAUGCGCGGGGACGGCGUCGAGGGCGGACAGCUGGCAGUGA